AUGAAAAAGUUGAUUGAGGUGAUGAUGAAAAUCAUCAAUAGAUGGCGACGCGGUGUUGAUAUGACAACCAAUGAUGAGGGUUAUGAAUUUGAAGUUGGAGGUGGAAAUAACAAUAAUGCGCUGGAGAGACAAUCCAUAAUUAUGGAAUUUUUAAAUCAUAUGGAAGCUGUAGAAGUACAAUUAAAAGAAUUUCAUAGUAUUCUAAGUGAUGAAGUUAUUAAAGAUAUCAGAAAGAGUUUUAAAGAACUUAUCGAGUUACCAAAGAUUUUUGAAAAUUAUCAGAAUAUCGUUAAUUACGACAUUUCAUUACGUAAAGUAGUAGAUCGUUUAAUUGACGAAAGAUUAAUAAAUAAAUUAAAAUUAUUAGCUAAUCAAAUAGCUUAUCUAAAACGAAUUGAAAUGAUACGGGAUGUGUUGAACUCUCCUAAUAAAGAAGAUAUCUUGUUUAAUAAUGCUCUGUCUGAGGAAGAAAUUAAUAAACGAUACCGAAAUCUCGUGCUUAAUUUCCAUCCUGAUAAAACGAAUCGAACUAAUAGCCCGUGUUCUCUUCAAGGUGAACAUAAAAAACUAGGCGCUGAGCUAUUUGGAUACAUUAUAGAGAUUAAGGAAGGUUUAUUGACGAAUUAUAAGAAAAUCUUAAGUAACGAAGGUUGGAUGUUUCAUAAAAAGAAUGCAGACCAACUUUGGAAAAUUACGAUAGACUACCGUAAUGCGGCUAAAGGACAAUUGGAUAAGCUCAAAACACUAAAAAAAGAUGACAUCAGUGGACUUACUUCUAAAGAUCUGGAGGAUAAUAGCGUAACAUAUGGAUUGCUAGCCUAUCGGGAAUACAGAGACGCAUGUAAAAUUGUUGAUAAAGCUAAACAACUAAAAGAACAAGUAAGGUUACGAGGAUGUAUCGCAUUAUGCUUAUAUGUCUCUAAGAAACUUUUAGAAGCCCAGUUAUAUGCAUUGGCAGCAAUUAGAUUACAACUUAAGAAUUCUCAUGAAGUCACGUUAAAUGAUCUGAACGAGGCACAAAAAAUAUUUGAUAAAGUUAGAGGUAGGAAUACUGCCGAUGAAACUCCUGAAUUACAAACUGUGAUUAAUCUGAAAGUUGAUUCUAAUGACUCGCGAGCUUUAGUAAAAAUAGUGGAUCAAGGGAUUUCAUUUUCCGACAAAAUAUCUUAUCAGCGUUCAAUUGAUGAUGAUAUGCGAAAGAUCGGAAGAGGAAUUGGAAUAAUGACAACUGGUGUAGGAGUAGGAGUAGCAGUAACCGCAGCUGCUUCCGUAUGGAUUAAUACUGCCAUUUUGUUAGGAAUCAGUACAGUCGGUGGUCCAAUCUGGUUGGCAAUCGGAUUAUUGACCUUUGUGCCAGGAAUUCUCGAAAAACUCAAUUGUAUAAUGAAACGAGCACUAAAAUCUUAUGAUGAAGGCGACCAUCAGCAAUUUAUCACUAUACUUUCUGAGGAGUAUAAAACGAAUACUAGUCUUAUAAAAUUAAGGGAUCGUUCAGAUUUUAUCGAUACUAAGAAAAUCGUGGAGACACUUCUAGACUAUGGUUUUCGAUCGGAUGGUAUUGCAUACCUAUUGAUUUUGCUUGGUGAUGUCUUAAGUAGUGGAAAAAUUAAAAUUGAAGGAAUAACAACGAAGGAGUUAAUAUCACAAGCAAAGCACGUUCUUACUGAGGUAAGGUUCGAGAUUCUUGACGAGAUGGCUAAAAAGCUCGAUGACCGCAUUGAUGAUGCAUUGCGAACAAAGGACAAUCUUUUUAGUGUUGUUUUAAAUAAAGUUACCGAUUUUAUUUUUAUUAAGGAUUAUAGUAACAUAGAUAAGGAACACAAGGGUGAUGCUCAAGAAACGUCCUUUCAAUCAAGGUUAGAAGAAAUGCGCAAUGUUGCAGAAAUUAACCUCGCGAUUUUUGAUAUAAUUGACGGUGGUGAUGAAGAACUUGAACGAGCUAGAAAAGCUAUUGAGAAAAUUAGAGAUCAAAUCUAUCGAUAUGGUUUUGCUGUAUUGCGCUUAGAAGUUUUGGAGGAUUUCUUGUUUGUCCUUCAUGGUUUAGAAUUACUUAAAAUCACUUUUCCUGUGGAAUCAGGAAUUCAAAGUCAUUGA